GAAAACGGAUGCGUCUGAAUAGAAUUGGAGUGGAAUGGCUGCAGAUAUUUUCAAAUAGAUAUAGACUUUUUCCUUUUACGAAAUCAUAUUGCACACACCUGCAACCUGUUGGAAAAGAGAAGGUGUACAUAACGACACCUAUCUUUUAUGUUAACGCUGCGCCACAUAUUGGACACCUUUAUACAGCUUUGCUGGCAGAUGCAGUUGCCAGGUUUCACACACUCCAUGGGAAGGAAGUUAUAUUUUCAACUGGAACUGAUGAACAUGGACUGAAGAUUCAGACCUCUGCUGCUAAACACAAUAAAAGUCCAGAGUUGUACUGUGAUGAAAUAUCUGCCAAAUUUAAGACACUGUUUGACAGGUCAGGUGUAUCAUACAGCUAUUUCAUCAGAACAACAGAUGAAACACACACAAAAGCUGUUGAAAAUUUAUGGACAACACUAGUAAAGAAAGGCUAUAUCUAUAAGGGGAAGUAUGAGGGCUGGUACUCAAUAUCAGACGAGGAAUUUCUUAGUGAAGACGAGGUCUGUGAUCAAAAAAAGGAGUCGGGGGAAAUCCAGAAGGUGUCGGUCAGCAGUGGACAGCCAGUGGUGUGGAUGUCUGAGGAAAACUACAUGUUUAGACUGACCAGCUUCAAGGCACAGCUGAUUAAAUGGCUCAACACUGGAGUGGUAUAUCCAGAGGAGAAGAGAUCUCAGGUAGACUUAGCUCUGAGGAAUUUACAGGACUUGUCCGUGUCUCGUAGCAGCUCCAGACUGUCCUGGGGAAUUCCUGUUCCAGGGGAUUCCUCACAAACAAUUUAUGUGUGGCUAGAUGCCUUGAUGAACUACUUAACAGUAGCAGGAUACCCUGGUCACCUACAGAACUGGCCACCAGAUAUCCAGAUAGUAGGCCAGGAUAUACUCAAGUUCCAUGCUAUUUAUUGGCCAGCUUUCUUGUUAGGUGCAGAUUUAGAUUUACCAAAACAGAUUGUUUGUCAUGCUCACUGGACUGUUGAUGGAUACAAGAUGUCAAAAAGCAGGGGCAAUGUGGUGGAUCCAGAGGAGCGUAUGAAUAGAUUGACAGAGACAGGAUUCCGAUACUUUCUGCUUAGAUCUGGGACAGUUUUCACUAAUUGUAACUAUAAUGAUGAUGUUGCUAAAGACAUUAUAAAUGCAGAGAUUGUGAAUACAUACCUAAAUCUCCUGUCCAGAACUUCAUCAAAAUCCAUAAACAAACAGGCCAUAUUCCCCGCCUUUGAUGGAGAGGCUUUCCAGUCAUUUUUCACAGAGGAAGAAAGGGAUAUGUUUAAUAGCCUAUCAGAUUUAAUAGAAAUAUGUAAUAAUCAUUACAAAGGAUUCUUGUGUCACAAAGUAUCAGAAGCCAUUUUUGAAUACCUCAGAUGGAGUAAUAAACUGUUUAAUGAUCAUGAACCAUGGCAACUGUGUAAGGAUCCAAUCAAUGAGAGUCAUGUGCGUUGUUUACUACAUCUGAACAUGGAAACAUUGCGAGUGUGCUCAAUUCUGUUACAACCAUUGAUACCAGAUAUUGCUAACCAAGUGUUGGACAGACUUGGGAUUCGUGAAGGGCACCGACUGAUUAAGCAUUGUGAAGAGAGGAGACAAAGUCACAGAGAUAGAGAUCACCUUCUUAUUGUACAGAAAAACUAUAUUAUGCAGAGAAUUAAAUAACAACUAGAGCACUGAUUAAAC